AUGUCCAACCACUCUGGUGGACUUGAUGUCACUUCCCAGAUGGCGGAUAUUCUUGCUCAGCCAGGCUUCAUCUCCGUGACACAAGGAGGUCAAACGCUGCGCGAGUUGUAUCGUCGCGAGAGUCUUAACAUGGACAUAAGCAAGCUGUCUGCAUUCACACAAGCUGUAUUCAUGGGCAUGUUUGAUGUUGUCAAACAACUCGUCGAACAAGGGACGGCACCAGAUUUGUCCGGAACGGAGACUCCAUUUUGUACUGGAUAUGCGUCCUGGGUAGUUCUGGGCGCUCAACGGUCCGCACAGGGUCCUCCGGGAAGUCUAAGGCAUCUGGAGACUCUCGAGUUCUUGUUGACCCAUGGCGCGCUGCCAGACAUCCAAGACAUUCUUGGUCAUACUGCUUUGCACCAUGCUACCACUUGUCCUCGCGAAACUCUUGAUCUUACCCGCUGUCUAUUGAAGCAUGGAGCGAACGUAAACCACCUGAAUCGCUUUGGCGAGAUCAGCCUCUUCGGCACGAUGCAGCUGAACCUUGUCGCCACUAUCGAUAUCUUGCUGGAACAUGGCGCGGAUAUCGAUAUAGUGCCAGCCGAUGGCCUUACUUGUCGCCAGUUUUAUCUAAAACUGGGUCCGCAGGUAGCUGCCGUGAUGAACAAAUGGAUUGUGAAGCGAUCUGGUGGAGACGCUCUUCCUCGUCUCGACAAGUCAUGUGACUCUUGUGGGAAGAAGCCUGAAGGUUUCGACUUGAAGCAAUGCGCCAAAUGCAGGGUUGCAAGAUACUGUUCGCGCGAAUGCCAGGAGAAAGAGUGGCCGACACAUAAAAAGAAAUGCAAAGCGUUUUCUUCCGACGCAACGGUGGUUCUCAAACCGAUUUACGGAAAAUACAGUCACACAAUCCCGCUGGCAGAGACUGGACGUGGAUUAAGUGGGUAUCCUACUCAAGCGAAGGCCUUCUCCAAGAGUCAGACGCGCGGUUCACAUGAACCGAAGAAAACUGGAAAGUCGCUUGUUGUCAAAGUACAAGUCCCGUUCACCGACGACCCGGUGCUGCGGGCUAGUGGGCUGCUCGUGUACAGCAAAACACGCGACUUGGCAUGCACAAUCAAUCGUGAAGAUGCGCCAGAAGAAUAUGACCGGAUUUCGGAGGUAGUGAGGUCCAAGAGCAUCACUGGAGCGAAGGGUUAUUUUGUGGCGGAACUGGAAAGCAAGGAUAGAUUAGUCGUGAAAAUUUCAGAGUUGUUGGCAGAUCAGCCAUGGUAG